ACUGUGCCGCUGCGACAGGGGAGGACGAGGCUGGGAACUGAAAGAGGCUCAGUGAGCAUGCGCCGCCAGAGCCACUGACUAUGUUCUCAGUCCAGGUACCAAGGCAAAAAAAGAAAGGCAAAAAAAAAACCCACUAGCAAUUUAUAGCCAGCAGACGCUGUAGUGUGUGUGGCUCUCCAGCACCAACAGAUGCAAUUCACCCGGAGAAUAAGUGUAAAUCGUGGAGUCCUAAUUGACUAAAGGAAGAUCUGUUCAUUAUACGUUUAUUUAAGCACAGCCAAAGACAACCCUUUCAAGGGAAGGGAAUUAUUUCUUGGAUAUUUUGGUGGCAUGACAAGUCAGAAAGAAGAAAAGAGGAUGUACUGUAUGACUAGACACAAGAUCUGUUCUGUUUGUGGAUUACAUUUGCAGUAAGAUGUAUGGAUCUAUUUUUUCCUUGUUCUUAUAUAUAGAUCAUAAGACUUGACUGUGGCAAUAUCCAUAUCAUCCAUCCAUCUAUGGCGAACUACAGCCAUGCAGCUGACAACAUUUUACAAAAUCUCUCUCCUUUAACAGCCUUUCUGAAACUGACUUCACUGGGUUUCAUAAUAGGAGUCAGUGUGGUGGGUAACCUUCUGAUCUCCAUUUUGCUAGUCAAAGAUAAGACCUUGCAUAGAGCUCCUUACUACUUCCUGUUGGAUCUUUGCUGCUCAGACAUCCUCAGAUCUGCUAUUUGUUUCCCAUUUGUUUUCACCUCUGUAAAAAACGGCUCUACUUGGACGUAUGGGACUCUUACUUGCAAAGUGAUUGCCUUUUUGGGGGUUUUAUCCUGCUUCCACACUGCUUUCAUGCUGUUCUGCAUAAGUGUCACCAGGUACUUAGCUAUUGCCCACCACCGGUUUUAUACAAAAAGGCUGACCUUCUGGACUUGUUUGGCAGUUAUCUGUAUGGUGUGGACCCUUUCUGUAGCUAUGGCUUUCCCCCCAGUUUUAGAUGUGGGCACCUACUCAUUCAUUAGGGAGGAAGACCAAUGCACCUUUCAGCAUCGUUCUUUCAGGGCCAAUGAUUCUUUGGGAUUUAUGCUUCUUCUUGCCCUUAUACUCCUAGCCACACAGCUUGUCUACCUCAAGCUGAUAUUUUUCGUUCAUGAUCGCAGGAAAAUGAAGCCAGUCCAAUUCGUUGCCGCAGUGAGCCAGAACUGGACUUUUCAUGGCCCUGGAGCCAGUGGUCAAGCAGCAGCUAAUUGGCUGGCUGGAUUUGGAAGGGGUCCCACACCACCAACCUUGCUUGGAAUCAGGCAAAAUGCAAAUACCACCAGCAGGAGAAGGCUACUGGUCUUAGAUGAGUUCAAAAUGGAAAAGCGAAUCAGCAGAAUGUUUUACAUUAUGACAUUCCUCUUUCUGACCUUGUGGGGUCCCUAUUUGGUAGCCUGUUACUGGAGAGUUUUUGCAAGAGGGCCUGUCGUACCAGGGGGAUUUCUAACGGCCGCUGUCUGGAUGAGUUUUGCCCAGGCUGGAAUCAAUCCUUUUGUCUGCAUUUUCUCCAACAGGGAGCUGAGGCGCUGUUUCAGUACAACCCUUCUUUACUGCAGAAAAUCCAGGUUACCAAGGGAACCUUACUGUGUUAUAUGAGGGAGCAUCUGUAAAUCUCUAGCCUUGUAAAACACUACCCUUUCUCUGCUAAGCAAUUGUGGCCUGUAGCCAUGUCUUGAGAAGAAAAUCAAGAAUGGGAAAUCAGCAGCUGUAAGGAUUUGGGCAACAUUCUGCAGUCUUUGCAAUAGCUCACCUGUAAUCCUAUUUGAAACCCAAAUGUGUUCCUGCUGACCACUGGUGAAGGUUUGUAAUUAAGAACAAAGGACUGAACCACUGCCCUGAAUUCCUUUAUGUGGUUGAAAUCUAGAUAAGGAUUGCAGAUGCUAAGUAUCAGUGCUAAAUGCUGUGUAUAUCACUACAUAAAAUAAGACCAUCAAAACGAUUAGCAUUGGACAUCUUAAUAAGUUAAGUUGAUAUGAGGUUAAUGUGUUGAUAAAACUAAUUUUAGACAUCUGAAGACGUUUAAAACAUUUCAGACAAUUAUUGUUUUGCAAAGACUGAAAACUGGGGACUCGUAAGUACCGUAACUAAUUAAAGAUGUGCCAUGCAUUAUUGGAUUAUCACACUGACAAAUCUGUUUGCCUUGUGAGUGAGUUUUGGGGAGCAUUCCAAAGCAGUAUUUUUGUUCAGAUUAGACUUUACUCUUUUUUUUCAAAUAUAUUACUCUUUCUAAAUACCAUUUCCUUAACAGUGAAAUUACUAGCAUUCAACUGUAUUCUGUGGUUUUUGCUGAUUUGGUAUAAAGUUUAUUAGACUCUUAUUUAUAUUUUUUAAAAUGCUAGAUAUCAGUCUGUUAGGCAACGUUAGCCUAGGUAAUACCCAGUCAUAAUUGAAUGGUCAUAAUUAUACAGAAUAAACACAUGUUGCCUUAAAGGGUUAUCUAGUAUCUUCCAUUUUGUUUAGCAAUGAAGCAAAUAAGCAAGGAAAAUUGAAUCAGUAACUCUGGUCAGUCAUUUGGGAGUGCAUGAAAGAUCACAUAAUCCUCUCUUUCCUUUUUACUGCUAUGGUUCCCAAAAUCGGUAUGCACAUCACUGGGAUGAUAUGAUAUUUUUUCUAGGUGUGCUGCCCAUUCUAGUUUGCUCUGAGAAACAUAGGCAGUUGAUGUAUGUUUAUAUUUUAAGACAGCUGUCAUGGGGAGACUGCAGCCUUGGUAUGAUAUCUUGCACAAUUUGUGAAGCAUUUAUUCUACUGAAGGCACAGUCUUGUUUAUACUUUCUGCACAUUUUGGUGUAUUGGUUGUUUUAAAUUAUUUAAGUUUUAACUUGUUGAAGCAUAUAAUAUGAUUUCUAGUAUUUUAGAAAUACAUUAGAGUCUGUGAGUCUUUACUUCUUUAAGGUACAGAUGUGUGGAUUUCAAUAUAAAGUUGCAUUUGCCAAAAUUUACCUGUGUAGCCUGUUAAUUUUCUUGGAAUAAAAUUUUACAUUUUUUCCAGUUUUAUACAGUUAACCUUUUUUAUUUUGUCUAGUGAGCUAGCAUGAGAUUUGAGAAUGUAGCCAUUAUGGAUUAUUAUUCUUUUGCAGUCAUUGUAUUCCCAAACUGUAAAUGCAUGAAUGAUGGGGACCACAGGAUUGAUAAAUGAUAUUAUCUACAAUAGCACUGUUGUGUAGUUUAUCAUAAUUACCCCUCUAUCUAUUCUAAGAUGUCAGUUAUAUUUAAAGGUACAACACAGUGUUAGACAUAAACUUAACAGUUUAAUUUUGGUAA